CGCGGCUGGUUGCAACGGCGACGAUUGACGUUCUGACACUUGUGACCUACAAGUCGACGAACUCAUGGAUUAGCCAACCUUUGUCUCAUCGCCACGACUUUUCUCCAACAUGGAAGAAGACGGCAAAGACACCUUGAGAGUCUUGGUCACUGGGGCCAACAGCGGUCUGGGCUUUGCAACAUGCUGCCGUCUAAUCGACGAGUUUCUCGCCACAAGACCUCAAUCGCAAACUUUGCACCUGCUGUAUUCCACUCGGGAUGGAAAGAAAGGCGAUCAAACCCUGCUCAACCUCAACAAGCACCUUCAAAAGACCCUGGAAGCCGCAAAUGCCCGAACUCCGGGCAUCAGUCUGCUCUUAGAGCCUCGCAUCGUCCUGGAAGGCGUUCUUGUGGACCUGACGAAACUCCCCACGAUUAAGGCGCUGGCCCGCCAACUGCUGGCUCGCAAGCAGCGCCUGGAUGGCGUAGUAUGGAACGCCGGCAUUGCAGGCUGGUCAGGGCUCAACUUCGUGCAAGCAACAUGGGACAUCCUGACCGGGCUGGUACAAGCAACGACAUAUCCCAAGUUCUUGAUCUGUGAUGUGGGCAUGGUCACGAAGCCGCAGCUCGCCGGUCAUGGCACCAUUCACACCUUCCCUGAACCGCCGCUCGCUCAAGUAUUCUGCUCGAAUGUCUUUGGGCAUUAUAUGCUCACGCACUGGCUCGCUCCCCUGAUGACGCCAGAUACGAGGAUAGUGUGGAUCUCAAGCACGAGUGCCUUGCCUGACAUGUUCAACCUCGACGAUCUUCAAGGCUUUCGGUCGGAGAUGGCCUACGAAUCUUCGAAACGCUUGACGGAUUUGCUGGUCAUGACUUACGAUCUGCCCUCCACGCAGCCAUUCGUCCGGAAAUUCCUCCCGGCGGUAGGGAAGAAGGACGACGUCAGAGACCGCCCGCAAAUGAUCCUCACCCACCCAGGCAUCGUCCAGACAUCCAUCGUCACCCUCUCCUGGUUCAACUUCUACCUCAACCUCCUGGCCAUCUAUGUCGCGCGGUGGAUCGGCUCGCCCUGGCACACCAUCACCUCCUACAAAGGGUGUCUGGCGGCAGUCUUCGCCAUUCUCGCACCUCCCGCUCAGCUUCUCGACUUUGAAACGAGGGAUGGAAAAGGCAAGUGGGGCACUUCAACAGACGUCUUCGGCAACGAGCGAGUCGCACGAACGGAAGUCGAAGGUUGGGGGUUUGGGCGUGAGCUAGGAGUGGUGCCAGCUGGAAGUGUGAGGACGAAGCGGACUGGGUAUCGCAAGCCCACCAAGGAAAUGCGCGAGGAGUUUGAGGAGGCUGGAAGGAGGGUAUGGCGGGAGAUGGAGGAGUUGAGAGUGGAGUGGGAGAAGCGGCUUGGACGUAUUGAGAUUGAUGGCGCCGACUCCGUGGAUAUGUAGAGCCUAAUAAGUCAAAGAAUGCAACCAUGUGCAAGUGAGAAUCAACCUAAA